AAAUAAAUAGUCGUUACACAAAUCAAAAAAAUCAUGUUAGAACACAUUUUCGUCAUUGGAGGUACAGGUAAUAUUGGUACCAAGGCCGUUAAGGAUCUUUUAUCCAAUGGAAUAAAAGUGACACUUUAUGCUCGUAAUCCCACCAAAGCAUUGUGUCUCUUUCCUGACUAUGAUGCACUUUUAACUAUUGUGCAAGGUGAUUAUAGUGACUUGAUGCCUUUUUAUGAUGCCAUCAAGAAAGGUAGAUAUACUCGACUUUUACUGUUGGUACAAAUCGAUUCAGGUAACAUGAAUGCUCCUCUCUUAAAAAAGCAAUUGGCAACAGCUGCUUAUGAAGCUGGUGUUUCUCAAGUGGUGGAUAUUUCCUCUUAUGCUGCUGGUGAUCGUUGGCGAUAUAAUUUUGCAGCAGAAGAUCAUUGGGCAUCUGAAAAAACCUUGAUGGAAAUUCCAAAUCGGUCAAGUCUUGUAUGUUUACGUCCAGGACGUCUUGCGUCAAAUAUAGUUGACUUUGAUAUUCAUGCGAUCAAACAUCUCAAUAUGUAUCCUGGUAGUGCUGAACCUGAUGAAACAAUGGGAUGGAUUUCUCCUAAUGAUGUUGGUACUGUGGCUGGACGUAUGUUGAUGGAUGAUGUUGCUAAACAUGGGGAUGCCGUCUAUGAAAUGAUAGGUGAAGUCUUGACACCUAGAAAGACAGCCGCGGUGAUUUCUACAGUGGUAGGUCGAGAGAUUCCUUAUGUUCACAUGGAUCCUAUUGCUCGCUAUACCAUGCUGACCGACAAGGCUGGUUUGCCUCAUCGUAUUGCAUAUGCUCUUACUGACCUUAACGAGAAUGGCAUUCAAGUAACUCGUGCUCUUCCUAUAUUGCUUGGUAGAAAACCAGAGACUCUUGAAGAAUAUCUAAUGGCUUAUAAAGAUCAAUUAAUGUAGAUAUACCCCCCUUUUCUUUUUUUUUAAUGCAAUAAAUAAAAUGAUGAUAUAGUCAUUUUUAUUUUU